AUGUGGUUGAAUUUAAAGAUGCUGGACCUGGGUCACUGCGCAUCUGGAAGAUGCGAUCUGAUCUUUAUCUGUUCCUAAAGAUUAGUUUCUGUGCUUGAGAGGCAGAUAUUUGACUUCCUUGGUUAUCAGUGGGCACCCAUCCUGGCAAAUUUUGUACACAUUAUUAUAGUCAUACUUGGCUUAUUUGGAACCAUCCAGUAUAGACCUCGUUACGUAACAGGAUACGCUGUCUGGCUGGUCCUUUGGGUUACAUGGAACGUGUUUGUUAUCUGCUUCUAUUUGGAGGCUGGGGACCUUUCAAAG